AGUGGUCCCCUCAGGAAGAUGGCGGCCGUGUCGGUGGAUAGCAUUCCCCUGGGCGGUUUUUCCUUCGAUAACUGCCGCAGGAAUGCAGCCCUUGAAGCUGAGUUUGCCAAAAAUGGGCACAAGCUCCCAACAGCCCGGAAGACGGGCACAACCAUCGCCGGAGUUGUGUAUAAGGAUGGCAUAGUUCUUGGAGCAGAUACAAGAGCUACAGAAGGAAUGGUUGUUGCUGACAAGAACUGUUCAAAAAUACAUUUUAUAUCUCCUAACAUCUACUGUUGUGGAGCUGGGACAGCUGCCGACACUGAUAUGACAACCCAACUGAUCUCUUCCAACCUGGAGCUCCAUUCCCUUUCCACUGGACGCCUACCUAGAGUUGUUACUGCAAAUCGAAUGCUUAAGCAGAUGCUGUUUAGAUACCAAGGUUACAUUGGUGCAGCCUUAGUCUUAGGAGGAGUUGAUGUCACUGGACCUCACCUCUACAGCAUUUAUCCCCAUGGAUCAACGGACAAAUUGCCAUACGUUACAAUGGGCUCUGGAUCCUUGGCAGCAAUGGCUGUAUUUGAAGAUAACUUCAAGCCAGAUAUGGAGGAGGAGGAGGCCAAACAACUGGUGAGAGAUGCCAUUGCAGCUGGCAUAUACAACGAUUUGGGGUCUGGGAGCAAUAUUGAUCUCUGCGUCAUCAGCAAGAGCAAGUUGGACUUCCUCCGCCCUUACGCCGUCCCCAACAAGAAGGGCGUCAGGUACGGCAGGUACAAGUGUGAGAAAGGGACAACAGCUGUGCUCACUGAGAAAGUCACUUCAUUGGAACUGGAAGUGCUGGAUGAGACUGUCCAGACAAUGGAUACUUCUUAAGCUGGGCCGUUUCAACAGUUUUCUUGUACCAGGGAUUGGACCGAGUCCACUGUAUGUAAGAAACUCAAAGCAAAUAAAUGGAUUAAUUGGA